AAUGUUGACACUUUUUGCCGUCAAUGGCGUACGAUAGACGCACCUGUGUCGAUGUGUCAGAGAAAUUUUGUACUAUAUUGGAUUUUGUAUGACGUUAUCGUCAACCAGUGAAAUGUAAUUAUAGGAGUGGCAUUUACGAAUUAAUUGUAAUAGAUAGUAGUGUCGUAGAGAACCAGUGCAUUCUAAUUACGGAUGUUUAAAAUUAGAAUGUUCAAUGGCUGUGAAUAUGGAAGUAGACAAGAGCAUGUCCAAAGAGGUUGACACUCAACUUUCGACAAGCAAUUCGACGGAAUUUAAGGACGGCGUUCGUCAUGAGAACAACGAAAACGUACAAGACCUCCAGGAUCCUUAUUCAUCCCUUGAUAGUAAAACAAUUAACAACCACAGAUGCGAUCAAACCAUUCUAUACGCACAACUCGACGGUCCCGAGAUUUAUGCUAACGAAUUAUCCGAUAAUCGAGUCUUAGAAAAUAAAAAAGGGGAGGACAGUUUAGAAAAUAAAAAGGAAGAUUCGUCUGAGUCUAUGAAACAUUUAAAGAGUGAUUGUAAAGAUCACAAACGAGAAUUAACAUCACAAAAUUCUACAGAUAGUCAUGCAUCCCAAGCUCCAUUAGCUUUUACAAUUGAUUUCGGCAAUGAAGGAGUGGACACCACAAAAUAUCAAAAUCUAUUCGAAAGGUAUAAUGCCAGGCAUAAAAGAAAUCUUUCUACUUCAAAGGUAGAAAUUAACCCAAGGAAAAGUGGUACAUCAUUUUCUUCAAAUUCAGUGCAAAAACAAAAAGUUUCUAGUACACAUUCUGAGGGAUACUUUAGCAGUGAAGAUGAUACAAAAAGAAAAACAGAUCAAUUGUCAGAGAAAUUAAAGCAGCUAGGUUCAAGAUCAUUUUUAAAAUCAUCCAAUACUGCAAAAAAAUCCGAGUCUAACGCAAAAGUAUUGAAUUUUCAAAAUUCAAAAGAAGACACAAUGACUAGAUCAUUUGAACAAUCAAAACAUAGUAAACUUCCUUACAAAAAUCUUUCUCUAGAACUUUCUUACUCAGAAAAAACAAAUACAACAACAUAUUGGGGCCCUCAAAAGUCUGCUACUAUAAACGACUUAAGUCGAAUUCAAUCUAACAAUUACGACGAUACCGCUAGCGAGAAACAGUAUACGAAAAACAUAGAUCAGGAGGAUGACUAUGAACAUUCGUCUGACAAUGAAAAAGUUUCGAAUAUCAGUUAUGCUAGAAAGAAAAGUAUUAGCGUGAAGGAACACAAUUUAUCUAGUGUAAAGUAUACAGUAGAAGUAAAUCCAGAUGUGACAACUGAGACCAACAUAGAUACUUUCAAUGUUAGCAACAUUGACGCAGGAUCUGACGGUGAAAUUAGCGAAGCAGGAACAUAUACAAUACAUAAAGAUUACACUGAUGAAGAAAAAGCACGGAUGGAUAUCGACAAAAUAUUCAAUGUUGGUGUUUUCACUGAAGAUGAAAGCAAUGAAGCACGCGUUCAUAGUUUUAAAAUGAGUGCUUCAAGGGAUAACAAUACAUGGAUAUCAGAAUGGGCUUCUCAAGUAGCAGAACAUAAUUCUCUUCCACCAGUGAUAGGUGGACCAACUGGACGUACUCCUCCACUAAGUCCUUCCAAAAUACCAUCUCCUAUACAUACUAGAUCUCAAAGACUGGCUCGUAGUCGUAAUGAACAAAGCGACAGCAGUUUAGACGCGGAGUCAUACUUACGAAUAAAGGAACGAAUUGGAUUAAUGUCGAACCAACACAUACUUAUUGAUUCUGGUGGAGAAUCUGAUGAUGACACCAGCAAUAGUUACAACACUCCUCCACACAGUUCACAACGGACACCCGUGCAUGGUGCAUUAGCAAGGCGAGGAAGUUUAUCCGAAUCUCUCUUUAGAAGAAUUAAUGUCAGCGAAAACAGAAGAAGUCUUCGUAAAUACUUAAGUUCAAACAAAUCUAAGACUGAGGAUGGUAAUGCAGAAUUAAGUAGUCCGUCCAAAGAUUUUGCUUCCCUUCAUUUAGGAAAGCGAAGUAGUUCCUUGGACAGGAGAGAAUAUACAUCCGACACAACCGAGUCCAAUACGUCCAGGAGAAGUAGCAUGAAGUAUUAUCAAGACGAUGAAGCUAAAUACACAACUAGCCCUGUUUUAAGCCAUCUAAGACCAUCUACGCCAAAAUUAACUAAUAGUCCGAUCGUAACUCGUAAGACAGUCACAAAAAUCGUUAAUUCGCCUGUGCUAGAAAGGACUAAGCACUUAACAAAAUCUUCUCCGCAAGCGAAAAAUAUCGGAUAUUUCACUUGCGUUGAGAACAGUCCAUACAUGUUAAGAAAAUCUAAUAGUACAGCAAGUUACCACGAAGGAACCAUUGGUUUUAAUAACAAAGAUUUACUACCAAAAACGAACAGUGUUCUACAGAAUAGUCCAAACCUUCAACGUAAUUUAAGCAUCCAAAGAUCGUGCAGUAAUGCGAACAUUAGAAGUAUAAAAUCUCAGAGUCAGUCCUCGCGUCGCAGUAGCUUUAACAGCAGUGACAUCGAUAAAACAUCUUCUGGGGGAAGAUGUUUGGCUGCUUCCGAUAGUAGCAGCGAAACAGGUGAACAGCAAGUAAAAUCAUCUUUACCAGCGGCAUCUUCUGGAAUUAAAUUGAAUCGAGCUUUCAGUAUAAGGAGAGCGAGACUAAAUUGUGAGUCUGAUACAACACCGAAUACUACUCCAGAAGAGAGGCGCAGGAGAGCACAGAGUGAAGUAAAAUCAGUACCUUCAACGAAUAAACAACAGAAUUAUCAUCGAAGUCGUAUAGCUAGCGCUAAUACACAUAGUAAGGAACCUAUAAAAAGAUCGGAACCUAUAAAACCUAGGGCUGUGUCGUUGUCGAGGACUGAUAGUACCAGACUUAGUAUACGGGUACCAAAAUCAGCACAUCAUGCUGCGGUUACACAACGACCCAAUCAGAGAGUAAAUAAAGAUCAGAAGUCUGGUAGAAGUAAUUCAACGUUGACAUCAAAAGAAGUAGAAUUUCAGAAUUGGAAAAGAAGAAAAAGUUACGAUCCAAUGAAAGCAGCCGCUGAAGGUAGAAAAAAAUUAAUGGAUAAUACAAAGAAACAUCACAGUACAGAAGAUAGUACAGGAAAUCACGAUAAUUCUGUAUUACGGUCAGCGAGUUUUCAUGGAACAGGUGGUGCUCUCUCAUUAGCUAAUGAGUGGUCUGACAACGAAUUAAAUUUUGCUCAGAAUGACAAUCAAGUACCUCCACCAUGCAGUCCACAGUUGGAAAGCGAUAGCGAUCUUGAAACGUCUUAUUACUUGCAAGCAACGCAAAAUGUUGUCUCAGCUAUGUCAGCUCGUAUUACAGUCUGUCAUUCACCUUUAAUGGACUCUGACAAUGAGAGCGACGAAGACACUAGUCAUAGUUUGCAUAAAGAUAUAUCAAAAACGUUACGUCAGCCUAGCGAUACAGAAAGUAGCGACGACCGCCAGCCUAACACACAAAAUGUUAUUUCAAAUACUAAAUAUAAUAGAGCAUUCAGUUUACGCAAAGCAAGAUUAGAAACUCAACCAACAAAACUACCAACAAAUGUAAAUAAUAAGAAAUCGGUGACGCAUGAGAGUAGGGCAAAAUCCGAGACUAUUACGAGUAUUAGUAGAACUGAUUCCGGUCGCUUUAGUAUGCGAUCAAAUAGAACUUCGAAUACGGGUUCUAAAACAAAACCAAAGGAAACUAAAAAGCCUGCAACGCCAAAUGCAAGGGAAGUUGAGAUGCAAAAUUGGAAACGCCGUAAGAGUUACGAUCCCAUGAAAGCUGCUAUGGAAGGGAGAAGAAAAGCAGGAUUAGCGAAGAAAUCUGUGAACGCGAAUCUAUCUCCGAGUCACGUUGCAAGAUCACGCAGUUUCCAUGGUUCAUCAGGAGUUGGAGUUAGCGAUUGGAGUGACGAAGAAUUGGCUAUAUCUGCGGAUGAAACAACCGUUUAUUGAAAGUUACAGCACUAAUCGCAUGUCAUGAAUGAAUUCGGUUAAAAUCAGAAGUAUAGCUGUGGUAGUCGAUGUAUAUAAAAAGUGUAAGAGGAUCCGUUCUUACCAGAAUUGCUCUAUAAAUAGUUCUAUAAAUUUAAAAUUACAUAUAUUAAACAGUGAAAAAUGUUAAAAGAUCUUUUCUAUAUUAAAAGAUUCUAUUUUUUGCAACUUUUAACAUUAAGAAACUAUAGAUCUAUAUGGCUAUCAGUACUGCUCUAAGUUAAAGUAUCACUAUUUAACGAAAUCGAUGCGUAACUUUAUAUCAUUAAUGAUUCAAUACUCUUAUAUUUCAGUUUUGCUUCUAUCAGAGUUUAAACAGUGAUUUCUCUCGUAUACUAGAAUAUGUGAAGUUGAGUAUCGAGUGUUGAAUGAUUAGAAAACGAAUAUGUCAGAACCUCUUGAAGUUUAUGGUAAUGAAAAUAUAGUUCCAAUCUUAGGGCCUAAGAAUAACGAACGCUAAUAUACAAGAGUCGUGUGUGUUAUAUUGGUUUAAUUGUGAUUGGACCAAUCAUAUAGAAGAAUAAAAACAUUAACAUCUUCAGCA